AUGCCCACCAACACCCCAGGCACCCCAACCACUUCGACCCAAAACAACCCCCUCCUCCCCCCACCAACCCAAAACACCGCCCCCGUCCUCAAACACCGCUGCCUCUUCACGCACGACACGCGCCGGAAGGCCAAACGCUGGCAGGACGGCUACGUACGCUACCACACGUUCAACAAGCGGGUGAUGACCUACGACACCGCGGGGAACUUCAUCGGCGAUCUGCACUGGCGGCAGGAUGACGUGGGGAUUCAAGAUGGUGACGAGCUGGAGCUCGAUCGCGGGGUGUUGGUGCAGGUUUGUGAGGCGGUUGGGCGGUCGGAGACGGAUGUUUCAUUUGUUUUGAAUUCGAGUUCUCACGGGGGAAGGGGGGCGGGGGGUUCGGGUCUGGGUGCCGGUGCCGGUGCCGGAACGCAGUCUUCGCUGUACACGGCUUCGCCUGCGUCGAGUUGGAGGUCUCAGUCUUUUGCUACUGGUACUGGUACUGCUACGCCGUCGUUGUUGGCUGGAAGGGGGACGCAGGUGCGUUCGUUGAAUGAGGUGCUUGGGGUUCGGAGGGGGGUCCCUGGGGAUAUUGGGAUGGGGAUCAAUACUGAAAGUGGGAGUGGGAGUGGGAAUGGGAAUGAGGUCGGCACUGGCAUCGGGGUGCUGAAGCAUGGGCAGUCUCUCGGAGACCGGGUGGUGGCUGCGCCCGCUGCUAAACGACAGAGAAUCGCCGGUUUGAAGUCAAGCCCCCCGGCGGAGGAGGGAAGACUGUCUGCGCAGCAGCUGCACCGGCAGGCUCAGACUCCCUCGCGCCGUGUGCAGCCGGUUCAGCCGGUCCAGUCUCGGCCUCGAGCUGCGGUGGUCGACUUGACCGGUCCGUCUACCGCUGCGCCGGUGUCGACGACGCCUCCCAAUCCGAGACAUCAGAAGGCCGAUUCCAGAGCAGGCGCGCCGCAGUUCGUUGCUACGAAGAGCGCACCGAGCAAAGAGAGCGCCAGCGCUUCACCAUCACUAGAACCAUCUCGCAAAGACAGCGCCAGCGCUUCACCACUACCACCGUCUCGCAAGGACAGCGUCAAUCCUCUACAACCACCCCGCAAAGAAACCACCAACCCUGCAUCACACCCACAACCACGCCCCGCAAAACCAGAAGACCCUCCAACCCUCCUCCGCCUAUCCACCAGUAAACCCCGCAAGAAACUGAUGUACUCAGCUCUUCUCCCCGGUGGCGGCGGACAAGCCUACAAACCAGCUUCAGCAGCUUCAGUAGCACCAGCACCAGCUGCAGCUGCAGCCCCCAGAAACAACAAAACCCCCGCACCCCCCGCACAACCCUCUUCCACCACCACCUCCUCCUCCUCCUCCUCCUCCUCCACAACCAAGAACGACUUCACCCCCUCAACCUCAACACAAAACAUCCUAAACGACCUCAUCAACGCCCCACCACGACCCCCAAACCCCACCCUCACAACCAAACAGACACCAACCCACGGCGGCCUCCGCAAAUCCUACUCCGACCCCACGGCCCUAACCACCCGAACCACAACCACAGCGUCCCUCUCCUUCCACAGCACGACGGGACCCCGCCUCCCCACGAUCCCCGAACCCGACCCGGCCGACCAAGGGCCCUGGACCCGCGAGGCGCUCGAUCUCUUCGAGUUCUGGCCUGCGGGGCGCGCGAAGCCUGUCUAA